AGUUCAGAUAAAGACUCCGGGAAGAUCUUCUGGUGUCCACAUUUAGGAUUUGUUUCUGGCUCUGCAGGCGUGAAGGAUCUCUCCCUGUGGAAGGCUCUUCAGGAAAAUGAGGGUCCUAUUGUACCUCAGUUUCGGUGUGGCUCUGCUGUGUUUGGUGGUCUUUGCCGACCGCAAGGGGAAGAAACAUGAUCACAAAGAUGACCAUGAGAAGAAAGGAGAUGACCAUGACCCCGACCACCACCGUGACAACAAGCAACGUAGCCUUGCCGAUAAAAUUUUGUCCGUCGACAAAAGAAAAGUUGGCAAUAAAAAAUUAGCAUUUGGCCUCUUCAGCAAGGUAGCCGCUGACCGUCCAAAUGAGAACGUUGUCAUUUCCCCAGUAAGUAUAUCUACAUCAUUGGCCUUCCCGUCCCUCGGUGCAGACGGCACAACCAAAGACCAGAUCACGAAAGGCAUUACCAUGUCUGAGACUCCCAAAACAAAAAUCAACCAUGGCUUCCAAAACCUUCAGACAACGUUAAAUGAUGAGAACAGAGAGCUGCAUCUCCAUAGCGGAAAUCGCCUUUUUGUGAGCCGAGCGCUGAAAAUCAAAGAGAACUUUCUCAACAAAGCGAAAAACUUCGGGUCCGAAGUCUUCACUGUAAACCUUGAGGAAAAUGAAGGAGCCAAGAAACAAAUCAACGACUACGUUGAGAAGAACACCAACGGCAAGAUCGUUGAUGUGCUGAGCAAUGCAGACAAGGACGCAGCUAACAUUUUUGUUAACUUCAUUUAUGUCAGAGGGCAAUGGGAAAAACCUUUUGAUGAGAAAUUUACCAAAGAAGAAGAUUUUCUCGUGAAUAAGGAUCUUGCGGCGAAGGUGCCUUUCAUGUCCCAGACUGGUUUUUACAAGGUAGCAGAAUUGGAUGAAGCCACCGUUGUAUCUGUGCCUUACAAAGGGAACGCCUCCGCCUUAUUCAUCCUACCCAAAGAAGGCAAAAUGAAGGAAGUAGAAUCACGUCAAGAAGACAUAUUGACGAAAUAUAGAAGUCAUUGUCACAGAGAAUCCAUACAACUUUCCAUUCCUAAAUUUUCUAUUGAUUCAACUAUAGACCCGGAGAAGCCUUUACACAAGCUUGGCAUUAAAACCGCCUUCACCGACGCCGCUGACUACUCAGGAAAAGUGGAAAAAGUUCAUCACAGAGUUCAGAUAACUGUAGAUGAGGAGGGGACAGAGGCUGCUGGGACUGCGGUGUUGAAGGACAUUCCUACCGAGGUUCAUCACAGAGUUAAGAUAACUGUAGAUGAGGAGGGGACAGCGGCGGCUGGGACUGCGGUGUUGAAGGACAUUCCUACCGAGGCUCAGCGCAAAGCCAAGAUAAAUGUGGAUGAGAAGAAGACGGAGGCUACUGAGGUCGAUUUAUUGGAGGCCGUUCCAAUGAAACCUCCUCCCCCGAUUGCUUUAAAUCGUCCGUUCUUACUUAGUAUUUUUGAUGAGAAAAAUAAAAAUAUUCUCUUCAGGGGUAAAGUUGUAAACCCCGAGAAAUAAUAAUUCUCAGCACACGUCAUUGUUGUGCCUUCAAUAAAGAUUAUUCUUCAUUCUAA